UGAAUCCUUAAAACUUUAAAUUCAAUAAAAUGGUAUUUACAAUAAAAAAAAAGCAAAGCAAACAAACCUUUACACCCCAGGUGAACUACUGACUGAGUCACAUCUGCUGAGUCAUAAUUAGUGAUUAAUUAAUUUUGGAACAGUAAAAAGUGCACGUUUUAUCCACCAUAAAUAACAACAAAACUUUGUCAACCAAAGCACUACGGUCAUAAAGCUCAUAUUCAAACCUCCACCAAUGGCAGGACACGUGGGGAUUUCUCUCGGCCAAUCCGACGUGGAAGGUGGAGUGACGGUUUAAAACUCCAACUCUCAGCGCCGCUCCUGUCUCCUGUCAGUGGAGAACUGGACCAGCCAUAAAAGAGAGAAGCAGAAGGAAAACAGCGAACGGUUGUUGACACUGACGCGGUUGAAGGGAUUUACUGUGGCGCACUGUGCGUAAAAACGCGCGCCGGGCUCCGUGCGCCUGAAUUCACCUGUUUUAUUUACCUUUUUUUUGACAUUUUUAUUGUCUGGCUUUCACUUGUGUUUUCCUGCUCUCGUCGUCGAUCGAUUAAAUAAUGUUAAAAAUGACAGAGGAGCACGACAAGUGUGGCAGCGACCAGCCCUGCAGCCCCUCAGGCACCAACAGCUCCAUGUCUCAGGACGAGUCCGACUCGGACGCUCCAUCCUCACCGAUUGGAUCCGACGGCCAGGGUUUGGGCAAGAAACUGGACUGCGAGGAUGACGACCGGUUCCCUGCGUGCAUACGGGAAGCCGUUUCCCAGGUGCUGAAGGGAUACGAUUGGUCCCUGGUGCCCAUGCCUGUGAGGGGGAACGGAUCCAUGAAGUCCAAGCCUCAUGUCAAAAGACCCAUGAAUGCGUUCAUGGUCUGGGCGCAGGCGGCCCGCAGGAAGCUGGCGGACCAGUAUCCUCAUCUGCACAACGCCGAGCUCAGCAAGACUCUGGGAAAACUGUGGCGCUUGCUCUCAGAGAGUGAAAAAAGACCUUUUGUGGACGAAGCAGAGAGGCUCCGGGUCCAGCACAAGAAAGACCAUCCGGACUAUAAGUACCAGCCACGGAGACGAAAGAAUGUGAAACCCGGCCAGAGCGACUCCGACUCCGGAGCAGAACUGGCACAUCACAUGUAUAAAGCCGAACCAGGAAUGGGGGUUCUGGCAGGACUAACAGACGGACACCACCACCACCACCACCCUGAACAGACAGGUCAGCCUCAUGGUCCUCCUACACCUCCAACUACUCCCAAGACAGACCUGCACCACGGGGUGAAGCAGGAUCUGAAACAUGAAGGCCGCCGCCUCGUCGACAGCAGCAGGCAAAACAUCGACUUCAGCAACGUCGACAUCUCUGAGCUCAGCACCGAUGUCAUCAGCAACAUGGAGACCUUCGACGUGCACGAGUUCGACCAGUACCUUCCGCUUAACGGCCACGCCGCCAACCCCUCGUCUCUGCCCCCCGACCACAGCCACGGGCAGGCCGCGGCGCCGGGCGGCUCCUACACUUCCUCCUAUGGCCACGCGGGCGUCAACGGGUCGGUGUGGAGUCGCAAAGGUGUCAUGUCCUCGUCAACUUCCGCCGCCAGUGAUGUCUCCCAGCACCGCCUCCAUAUCAAAACAGAGCAGCUGAGCCCCAGCCACUACAGCGAGCCUUCACACGGGUCACCGUCACACUCUGAUUACGGCUCCUACAGCAGCCAAGUCUGUGUGACGUCUGCAGCGUCGGCUGCCUCGGCCGCAGCCUCCUUCUCCAGCUCACAGUGUGACUAUACUGACCUCCAGAGCUCCAACUAUUACAACCCUUACUCCGGCUACCCGUCCAGCCUCUACCAGUACCCUUACUUCCACUCGUCCAGGCGACCCUACAGCAGCCCCAUCCUCAACAGUCUGUCCAUGGCACCGGCCCACAGCCCCACCGCCUCCAGCUGGGACCAGCCGGUCUACACCACGCUGUCUCGACCUUAAGGAGACAGGAAACGGUCAAGGCCAGACUCUUUAAUUAACGCACCUAGAAUGAAAGGAUGUACAGUGAGGUGCACGCGGAGGUGAUCCGUAAGAGAGGUGCGGGGUGGGGGGGGGGGUCGUAGGUCAUCUGUGACAAUUUGAACGUGAAACAAACGGGGGGAUAAAAUAAAAAGUGCCUGCUGAUUUUAUACAAAGUUAUAUAAAAAAAACACACGCGAGACAUUUUACAAAGAGAAACGGUGUUGUUGGCGAGCCAGACUCCUCCAUGAGGACAUGUCGCCUACGCCUAAAUCCCCUCUACACCCCCCCCAUCUUUCCACUUUAGGAUUGCACGUAUGCGCACACUUGAGGUAAAGCAAAGGCCUGCCACUGAGCUGUGUAGGAGAGAAACAGUUUGGCCCAAAUUUGCUGUGAAGCAGAUGGAGAAGCAGAUAGAUGGGAGAGUAUGCAGCACACAGGACCAAUUAUGUAAAUUUGCAGAAAAAAAAUUUACAUUAAUGGCCAGCGCUGUAUCGCAACUCAGUUGACCAUUUGCAUCGAUGGAUAUGUCUUAACUAAAUGGGCUCAUUUGAAUCGUACGGUGUUGUUUUGGCAAAUAUGUAUUUAUGUUCAAGCAUUAUUAUUAUUAUUAUUUUCUGUUUUCUAUUUUUCUUGUUCAGUAGAUAAACACAUUUAAUGUGAGGUCGGAUUUUACACAGUUCCCUUUGGCUCUUAUGAAAAAAAACAAAAAAAAAAAACAUCAUUCGAUACCAUUCCGUUUGAGACUAAUACUUAGUCCAGUUUCCAACUUUUCCUGACAUCAUUCCCGGACCAACAUACUUGCUCAGGACAGAACAGGUGUCUGACAUCUACGCUUGGCAAAUUGCAAUUAGUCAUGAUCCAGGGUUAAAGGAAAUGGGGUAAAACAACACCACACUCUCUGAGUGACACGUCAGCUGGAGCCUGCGUACAUGUGGACGGGCGAUGCACGCGUGUGUGUACGUACAAACAUUUGUGUGUGAGUGUGUGUGUGUGUGUGUCAGGGAGAUUUACUGCAGCCCUGUGUUGGUACAUUUUUUGGAUGGUGGGCUGAUAAAUGUCCCAGGGCAGAGCCGUGAUGCCUGAAGUAAAAAAAAAAAA